AAUCCAGUACCAUUUUUGCUUUCGUGUUGUGCGCACGCUCUUGCACUUACAAGGAUUUUUAAUCGUUCUUUUUUUAAUGUUUUAGUGGAAUAUCGGUUUUGUGUUCGGAUAUUGUUUAGUGCAGCAGUGAAUAGAUGUUGAAAGAAUAAACGCGUUUGGAUUGUAUUUAGGUUGUUUCGUCGUGGUAAGCGGUUAUUUUUAGCAUUUCGCUUGUUAAAGCUUCUGAUGCGAGUCUGGUCUUAAUUUAGAGUAGCAUAUUAGUACGCAGUGAUCGCUGAUUUGUUGCCGUAAUUAAAAUGAAAAAGAAGAGAAAAAUUAAAUCGCAGUGUUCAUAAACAAUUUAUAAAGCGUUACAUUCACGCGCGAUCAAAAACAUUAAUUUCAAUGAGUGAUUAUGACCAGAUAGAGACUGGGUGUAGUGUCCAUUAAAACUAAAUAAAUAUUGAUAUAACAGCUUUAAAACUCUCUGGUUCUUUAAAUAUAAAGGUAAAUACGUAAUCGUUUUGUUUGGACAUUCUUGGGACUGCCGCCUUUUGUUUAGUUUUGUUCUUAAAGUGGACUAUAAAAGCAAAACAGUGAAAGAACAAACUCGUAUAUUUUUACCGUACUACCAUUACGGUGUGUAAACAGCCCAGCUUCAUAAAAUCAUAAUUAAAAAAAAAAAACUUAACUGUCAAAAAAUGGCGCGCUAAAAAUGACAGUUUAAAAAAAGAAAAGACAUUUGAAGUUUGGCGCCAAUUUGGCGUGCGUUUACAAGUGAAGUGCGUAUUGCGGUGUCAAAGUGGCCGGGGACGAGCAUUUGGACAUGCUGGGGGGCCCGGAGUGGGGCCAGCGGGAGGCCACCCCCCCUAGAGACGCGCCCCUGCCGAGUUUCGGUUUCACACAGGAGCAAGUCGCGUGCGUAUGUGAGGUACUGCAACAAGCCGGCAACAUAGAACGACUAGGUCGUUUCCUAUGGUCGCUGCCCGCUUGCGAGCGUCUCCACGCUCACGAGUCCGUCCUCAAAGCGAAGGCCAUGGUCGCCUUCCAUAGAGGCAACUUCAAGGAGUUGUAUCGAUUGUUGGAGUCGCACAACUUUAGUGCUCACAAUCAUGCUAAACUGCAGAGCUUGUGGUUGAAAGCACAUUAUAUGGAAGCAGAGAGGCUUCGAGGGAGGCCACUGGGCGCGGUUGGCAAAUAUCGAGUUCGUCGUAAAUUCCCUCUACCGAGAACGAUAUGGGAUGGUGAAGAAACUUCAUAUUGUUUUAAGGAAAAGUCAAGAUCAGUUUUACGAGAUUGGUACCUACACAACCCGUACCCCUCGCCUCGAGAGAAACGGGAACUAGCCGAAAGCACUGGCUUAACUACUGUACAGGUGUCAAAUUGGUUCAAAAAUAGGCGACAAAGGGACAGACAAGCCGAACACAAAGAUAGCGGUGGCCCAGACAAGCAGCUAGACUCAUCAACAGACGACGACAGCGACGCCCCUCACGUGACCCCAGCACACGCACCGCCAAUCUACCCUCACGCGUUAUAUGAACACCCCCUAGCUCAUCUACCCUAUCAUCAUACGUGACCGUACUAAAACUGUUUAAUAUUAAUAAACAGGAUUUGUAUUUGACCUUAAAACACUUGUAUUUGAA